AGAGCGGGUGUAUCUCCUUCAACUCCACCACCCACACCGUCUUUCGUCACCAACAUAUACUACGUGAAUUUGCUGGUAUCUAGACUUUUGGGGUAUUUUUGCUGAAAGUCAACGAAGAAUUUGCAACCUGAGGAGACACCUUCACAAUGCACGUGAGCUACCCAUCGACAUGGUCGCAUCGAAAAAAAUUGGAAUGAUGGCUUUUACUAAAUUAGCAUGUCUACUUCUACUUUUCUACCAAUUUUCUCUAGUUUCAAGUAUUUCGCAAAACGAGUUGAACGAGCUUUCUCGAAAAUUCAAGUACUACCACUCGGCGGUGAGGCCCGCCGCACCGGAUAACUUCGUGUCGGAUAGGAAUGGGACUUUCUUUAAUAUUCCAGUGGAGAUUCAUUUGUUGGCGACGAGGAUUGUUAAUAGAAACCUCUACCUCGAGGUGAUAAUAGUGAUGACCUGGAUAGACGAGCGUCUGCGGCUCCGCGAGCUCCAAGAUCGAUUCUCAAUGCCGUCAGAAUACCCGCCUUGGCAUCCGUCUCUAGUCUUUGCACCGCCUGUAACCUCGAAAUACACCACACUUGCUCCAACUUCUGGCACAGUGAACAGCUAUAACACUAUCAAAACUACUGUUGAAUGUCAGACAAACGCCUGGAAGUACCCGUUCGAGAGCUUCACGUGCACGCUGUCCGUGGGCCCGGAGGGUGACGAGACGCUUACUGUAGCACAGUUUCACGACUUGAGAAGCCAUACUCAGAAGUUGCUGACUAAUGUGUUUUUGGGAGACUACCCGACCUGCAGUCUGGAAUUUAUCUUCAAGUCAGAAUGGCCUCGCGCACUGCUCUCCUCAUUCCUCCCUAGCAUUCUAAUAGUGUCCUCCGUCUUUUUCGCGCAGUGGAAACGGCGGAAAAUUCAAAUUUUGGUGUCCCUAGCGGCCAUGGUUGGCAUAUUGAUUAUGCUGUGCUCCCAGCGCCCGUACACCUCCACAACUCUAAUGGAUCUCUGGUUGUGUGCCAAUUUUAUUCAUUCUGUAUUUUUAGUUUUUGUCGAUUUAACACUUCCGGCUCGCCGAGUUCGCUACACUUUAAUGGUUCAUGUCGAUGAGGAAAAGAAGCAGGCGAAUCCCGUGAAGAUUAUGACUAGUGCUGACACAGAACACAGCGGACCCUUGCGAUAUGUAAAUCAUGUUAUCGAUUAUUUGAUGAAGAAAGAACAUAAGCCGAGGACGACGAUAGUCACCGCAUGUCCUGGACCGACGCCCAUCCAACGCCAAAUCACGACCGCCAUGUUGGGAAAUCGAAAACGGGCGGCCCUUUUCUGUAUUUUCUUGUCCUAUCUCACUUUUCUAUUGAUUUAUGCAAUUAUUGUCAUAGUUAUCGAUUGAAAAUAAACAUUUUCUGGAUU